ACUCUUUCUUUUUCCUUCUCUCUCUCUCUCAGAGACUCUUUUCUGCUUUUUCCCCCUAUGCAAUGGAAUUCAAUCUGAAGCAAUGGAGAGAUGAGUCAGAAGAAGAAGAGCAUCAAACACCUUCAGCAAAGCUACCAAGAAUUCAACACCACCCACCUGCACUCCCCUUGUUUGUACCUGACUCCAACACCAACCUGUCAGCAUACUCUCCUGAUCCUGCUGCCAAAUUUCCCAGGAUGGGGAGCUACUUCAGCUUGUCGCAAUGGCAGGAGCUUGAACUUCAGGCCCUGAUCUUCAGGCAUAUGAUAGCCGGAGCAGCUGUUCCACCUGAACUCCUCCAUCUUGUCAAGAAAAGCCUCAUCAACACUUCUUCUUCUCAGUAUUAUCUCUCCCACUCUCUUCACCGGUGUUAUCCCUACCAGCCAGCUUUGCUGCAAUCAGGGUAUUGGAGCAGAGCAGCCAUGGAUCCAGAGCCGGGCAGAUGCAGGAGGACGGAUGGGAAGAAGUGGCGGUGCUCGAGGGAUGUGGUGGCCGGUCAGAAGUACUGUGAACGCCACAUGCACCGAGGCCGAAACCGUUCAAGAAAGCCUGUGGAAGCCCCCACAUCCACCACCUCCGCCUACGGCGGCGACGCGGGUGGUGAAACCACCCUCAAAAGUAAUCAUUCCAUUACUGGACAGGGCAUCUCCACCGGCGCUGGUGACCGCCCGCAUUUCACACUUUCGGUCCCUUCGCAGUCCACGGCUCUUCUUCACCUCAACCGAAGGCCUUCGGAUUCCAUUACUGAGACAAAGGCUCCAUUUGAAGCCCAGCAUAAUGUGCAGUACAGUGGCCAAAUGCUUCGACGUUUCCUUGAUGAUUGGCCUAAACCACUUGAUGAGACGGAAAAUGCUGCCAAUUCUGUGGCUUCAGCCACCAACUUGUCCAUCUCGAUGCCUGGAAACCCGUCGUCUGACUUCUCAUUAAAGCUUGGGACGGGCAACAGAGACGAGGCUAGUGCUCAAGUUUUGACUGGUGAAAGGGUAAAACCUCAGCUGAAUUGGAGUACAUCGUGGAGAACUAAUCCAACAGCUCCUAUGGGCGGACCCCUAGCCGAGGCGUUGAGGUCAUCAAUACCCAAUUCAUCACCGACGAGCGUGCUGCAACGAUUGCCAAGAGGUCUUACCUCAGAAGCUAGUUAUGUUAACUCCUAAGUACUCCAUGGCCAUCUUGUGUCUUGUGUUUUCAUUCCCUUUUUUCUGUAAUUUUCUCAAGCUUGUGAAUUAUGUGAUACCCUUUUCUUUUGCCUUGAAAUCUGGGUGGUUUUCUUCCUUCAAUGUUGAGAAAGGCAGAGAAGUGUGCUGUACAAAUUUGCAUGAAGUUUAGUGUACGAAUGAUUCAUGAAUA